CGGAGGGAAUAGGCCCAAAUGAAACGUCCCAUUCUUCAGGACGAUCAGUCGGCUUCCGACGGGAAGCGCGGCCUCAGGGGCUGGACGUCCUGGAGAUACCCCGCUAUAAAGCUGGCAGGUUCUGCUCUGUUUCGUAGACAGGAUUUGAGAUAGUGGAAGAUAAGCUGCAGCUUGGUUAGCGAUCUUGACCCCCAUAUCAAACUAGGGACAUGAGACCAGCUUACUUCCUUGCGGCCCUGGCCUCCGUGGCUGGCACUCAUGCUAAUCCCGAGCCCGACUUGGCUGGUACGAUCUGGGACGAUAUCAAAGGAGCAGUCACCUGUGCUGGCUGUGAGGGCCUGCUGGGGGCACUCAAACUAGCCGCUGGUUUGGGUCAAAGUGCACUGGAAAAUAUUGUAACUGGCGCAUGUAAGUUGGCAGCGAUCGAGGAUGAUGAUGUCUGUGAGGGCGCAAUCAAAGAAGAAGGCACGGCCGUUUAUUACGCCCUGAAGAAUCUGAAGGUCGGCUCGCAUACAUCGAAAACCUUCUGCUCCAGUAUUGCCGGCCUUUGCGAGUACCCUGACAUUCGGCCAUACAACCUCACCUUCCCCGUGGCCAAAUCCUCGGCCACUCGUCCACCCCCGAGUGGUCAGUCUCCGAUCCGGGUCGCACACAUCAGUGACACGCACGUUGACUUGCAGUACACCCCCGGGGCCAAUGCCCAAUGCACCAAGCCUAUUUGCUGUCGUAGUUUCACCCCGGAGGACGCCCCCGGUAACACCUCGAACCCGUGCGGACUCUGGGGUGACCAUCACUGCGAUCCCCCACUUCGUCUCGAGGACUCGAUGAUGGACGCUAUCGCGGCCCUCAACCCGACGUUCUCCAUCUACACGGGGGACGUCCCACCACACGACAUCUGGAUGGUGAACCAGAGUUCAGUCCUGCAGAGCUUCAACUCCACCUACUCCAAUCUGGGGAAACUGGGCGUCGUCUACGCGGCCCUGGGGAAUCACGACACAGCCCCGGUCAACCUCUUCCCUUCGGACAAGGUCCCACCCUCCCACAACCCCCAAUGGGCGUACGAUGCCCUAGCCAGCGACUGGGCCAACCUCAUCGAGGGUUCACCCAGCUCCACCACCAAACACGGGUCCUACUCCAUUGUGCACCCCAAUAGCAACCUCCGCAUCAUCUCCUACAACAGCGUCUUCUACUACAAAUACAACUUCUACGCCUUCCAGGAACCAAUGGAAUACGACCCGGACAACCAACUGCAGUGGUUGAUCUCCGAGUUGCAAGCCGCCGAGACCGCCGGCCAGCGCGUGUGGAUGAUCGCCCACAUCCCCACCGGCAACACCGACACGCUGCACGACUACUCGCACUACCUGGACCAGAUCAUCAACCGCUACAGCGCCAGCAUCGCCGCCCUCUUCUUCGGCCACACCCACACGGACCUCUUCCAAAUCUCGUACACCAACUACACCGCGCGCACCGCCGACUCGGCCACCGCAAUCGGCUACGUCACCCCAUCCAUGACCCCGGACUCGGGCGCCCCGGCCUUCCGCAUCUACGACAUCGACCCGGUCACCUUCGCCGUGCUCGACUACACCGUGUACACGGCCGACAUCAACAGCACCAAUUCCACCAACACCCCACCCAAAUGGGUCAAGUACUACUCGGCCAAGGAAGCCUACGGCUCGCUGCUGACCCCACCGGUCACGGACCCCACGGUCGAAAUGACCCCGGCGUUCUGGCACCAGGUGACCGCGCAAAUGGAGAAGGACGACUCGGUGUUCCAGGCGUGGUGGGCGCGCACCACGCGAGGCUACAACGUCACGGAGUGCACGGGCGACUGUGCAAAGACCAAGAUCUGCUCGCUGCGCGGCGGAGACGCCCAGUUCAACUGCGAGGGCGCGGGGACGCCGUUUAAAAUUACGAAGCGGAGUGAUGGGGUAAGCGAGGUGCAUGUGGAAAGACCCUUCUGUGAGGAUGCCGUGUUGGCGAGAAUUGUGGGAGGGCUGACGCGAAAGGGCGUCGAUGCGGAGAAGUAUGUUCGGGAGCAGGUGAAGCUUUACGAGAAGGUUUAAGUUGACGGGGGAAGGGGUUUUUAAUCUCUGUGACGUUGGUUGAUAUGUAUCUUGGUAUAUAUAAUGUUGAGUGUCUAAUGAUCCACCUUCGGAAGCAUUGACUCUGGAACCUUAUGUGGAAAUGAUCGGCUAGUAAGAAAGAAAUCAACUGACCCGGUUUCUGUAUCACCCUGCUCGUUUUACUAGUUAAAAGAAGUCUACGGUGGACACAUGUCAGGCGCAUGUGUGGAGCUUGCAAGAAACCUUUUUUUUUAUCAUUGUUCCCGAACCAUUGCUACCUAA